AUUCUGGUCGACCCAUAUAGCUCAGCCCUCAAUAAUUUGAACAGGAACAGAACCUGUUUUCUGAGUGAGAGGAUUCAUUCUAACGAGUGCAACAUAAGCUGCCCACUCCAAAGGCAGAACCAUUUAGCGAGAAAAAAAUUAAACAUUUAAUGUCAGGAGUACAGGAGUACGGAACUCAUGCACGCAUGCGUGUCCUUGCUUCAGUGCAUAACUCAGCCCAUUGUUUAAUUUCCCUACAGAGGGGCUUUUCAUUAAUCUCCCUCUAUAAAUCUCCAGUCACUGCUGCUCUCCAUACUAAACUCUGUGCGGGCCUCCGAUGUGACCUGACGAUCAGGACAUGCAGCUCCUCCAGGUCACAACACUUCUGCUGAUGCUGCUGCUGCUUAUUCUCUUGUGCCCUGAACAUUCUGCCUCUGAGAUAGAAUGUGAACGCUGGGCAGACCUGGACUCUGGAGUUUUCCAAAAGGAGGGCCAGAUAAUUCUGGCUGGAUAUUUUCCCAUCCACUCUCAGGAUGUUCCUCAGGAGCUGAGCUUUGAGAGUGCACCAGGCAAAACAAGAUGCAAGGGGUUUAACCUUCGUUCGUUCCGUUGGUCUCAGGCCAUGAUCUACUUCAUUGAGGAGAUCAACAGAAACCCUAACCUGCUGCCAAACAUUACGCUGGGAUACAGGCUGUAUGACCAUUGCUGGAUGGUGGCACAGUCUGUAAGAUCAUCUUUGUCUGUGGUCUCUCAAUCCCUGAAGAGGAACAGUACAGGAGCGUGCUCAUCUCCCCCCAUUCCUUUAAUUAUAGGAGACCCGUCAUCCAGCCUGUCUAUGGGCAUCUCCAGACUGCUCAAUCUGUUUAAAGUCCCACUAGUUAGCUAUUUUGCCUCAUGUGCCUGCCUGAGCGAUAAAAAGAAGUUCCCAUACUUCUUCCGUACAAUCCCCAGUGAUGCGUAUCAGGCCAGUGCUCUUGCCCGCCUCGUCAAGCACCUUGGUUGGACAUGGAUAGGCGCAAUGGGGGGUGACGACGCCUAUGGGCGAACUGCCUUGGAAAUCUUCCUCGCUGAGGUGACUCGUCUGGGCCUGUGCACAUCUUUCCAGGCCAUUAUUCCCAAAGUACCCACUCAGCAGCAACUCGAGAAAUUAGUGAAGAUAAUUAAAGACUCCACAGCACGUGUGCUGGUGGCUUUCUCCCUUGAGGAAGACAUUCAGCCUGUGAUUGAAGAGAUGAUCAGGCAGAAUGUAACAGACAGGCAGUGGGUUGCCAGUGAAGCGUGGGUAACUUCCACUCUCAUCUCCUCUGGCUACCCCAAUCUCAGUGGCACUAUCGGUUUCGCCAUCCGCAGGGCUGACAUCCCCGGCCUCAAAAAAUUCCUCCAAAAUCUGCAACCUUUGGCUGAACCGUAUAACCCUUCUGCUAGAGAAUUCUGGGAAAUACAGUUCCAGUGCUCCUUUAAUAAAGACUUACCACUCGGUAUGGGAGAUCUUGAGCACUAUAACCGAACCUGCACCGGACAGGAGAGGAUCGAGGACACUGACACCAUCUACAAUGAUGUGUCCCAACUCCGAGUGACGUAUAACCUGCACAAGGCAGUCUAUGCUGUAGCACAUGCACUACACAACCUGCUUAUGUGCCAGAAGGAAGGGGGCAGUUCUGAUAAGCAGCAGCAGUGUCCAGAUAUCUAUAACCUGCAGCCCUGGCAGGUGAUUCCCUACCUAAAGAAAGUGAACUUCACCAACGAGUUUGGGGACUCGGUAUAUUUUGAUGAGUUUGGGAACGCAGCGGGGUCGUAUGAUAUUGUAAACUGGCACAAGGGAGCAGAGGGCAGGCCACUGGAGAUUGUUAAAAUCGGACGAUUCGACUCCUACCUUCCAACUGAGCAGCAGCUAGUUCUCUAUGAGGAGAACAUUGUGUGGCAUGAUGGAUCCAAGACGGUGCCUGUGUCUGUGUGCUCAGCAAGCUGUCUGCCCGGCUACAGGAAGGCCACACGUAAAGGCCAGCCUCUCUGCUGCUAUGAUUGUGUGCCCUGUGCUGAGGGGAGCAUCAGCAACAGCAUAGACCAGUCGGAGUGCACGUCCUGCCCUGAGGACCUCUGGUCCAAUCCACAGCGUAACAGCUGUGUGGAGAAACAGAUUGAGUUCCUGUCCUACACCGAGGGUUUCGGGAUGGCCCUGGCAGCCACAGCCAUCGUGGGCGUUGUUGCUACCUCUAGCGUGGCUGUUAUUUUCCUCCGUCACCGUGACACGCCCCUGGUCCGUGCCAACAACUCUGAGCUGAGUUUCCUUCUGCUGCUGUCUCUCACUUUCUGCUUCCUGUGUGCCCUCACCUUCCUGGGCCAACCGUCACGCUGGGCCUGCCCACUCAGACGCACGGCUUUCGGUUUGACCUUUGCCCUAUGCCUCUCUUGCCUGCUGAGCAAAACUCUGGUGGUCCUCAUGGCCUUCAGGGCCACUCUGCCCGGCGACAACACUGCACGCUGGUUCCGGCCCCCUCAGCAGCGAAUGGGCGUGUUCCUGUGCUGGGCCUUACAGUGUGCCAUCUGUGUGGCUUGGUUAACCACGGCCCCGCCUUAUCCAGUGAAGAACAACUGGCUGUACAGAGACCGGAUUAUUCUAGAAUGUCACCUGGGCUCUGUGGCGUUGUUCUGCUGUGUGCUCGGCUACAUCGGCUGCCUCGCCGUCUUUUGCUUCAUCCUGGCCUUUCUGGCUCGGAAGCUUCCAGGUAACUUUAAUGAAGCUAAGUUCAUCACAUUCAGCAUGCUCAUAUUCUGUGCAGUUUGGAUCGCCUACAUCCCAGCUUACGUCAGCUCUCCUGGGAAGUUCACUGUAGCUGUGGAGAUAUUUGCUAUUUUAGCCUCUAGUUUUGGGGUACUUCUGUGCAUUUUUGCCCCCAAAUGUUACAUCAUCAUCUUUAUGCCUGAGAAGAAUACCAAAAAGUAUCUCAUGUCUCAGAAAGUCAGGUGAUCAUAGAGCAGCUCAUCACUCCUGACGAAGAUCUACUAUCCUGUUGACUUUAGUUUCAAACCUAAAUUCAGUCCACUUGACUAAUCUGAUUAUUGAAUCCAGAAAUCUGCUGUUUGCUAAAUGAGGUGUGAUAGAUUUGUGUUGGAGGUGGAACCUGUAUGAAGGUAGAUCUCCAGGAAGAGGGUUGGUGAUCACUACUCUAAAUACUGUACUUUACUGAACACAGGAGGGGAAAAAAUAAAAGUGUGUAUUUUAAAA